AUGGAUUAUCUGACCCGUAGCCUCCAAUUUGCAGCUCAGAAUUCAGCUUUUAGAUUUCACCCCAUGUGUAAGAACCUCAAGCUUAUUAGCUUAUGCUUUGCUGACGACUUACUUGUUUUCUGUAAAGGAUCUCUAUCCUCAGUUCAGGUGAUAAAGGGGGUGCUUAGGGAGUUUAGUUCUGUCACUGGAUUGCAUUUAAAUGAGAAUAAAUCCCAGAUUUUUUUUGGAGGCAUUUCAGAGGCUGAAAAAAGAAUUUUGGCUGCUGAAAUGAAUUUGUCAGAGGGAAUAUUUCCCCUAAAGUAUCUUGGUGUGCCAAUGAGACCAACCAAGUGGAAGCAUGAGGACUGUGAUGUCAUUAUUCAGAAAAUCAAGAGGAAUCUUCACACUUGGGCUAGUAGGCAUCUGUCUUAUGCCGGUAGAAUGCAAUUGAUUCACUCGGUUUGUUUGCCUAAGGCUCUAGGAGGGCUCAGAUUCAGAAAUGGUCAAAAGUGGAAUCAUGCUAUUUUGGCCAAAUUUAUUUGGGCUAUAUCUGAGAAAGUUGAUCUUCUGUGGGUGAAAUGGAUAAACUCCAUUUACUUAAAAGGAGCUGAUUUCUGGUCCUAUAAGGUUCCCCCAGAUACCAGCUGGUACUGGCGUAAGUUGUGUAGCCUUAGGGGCAAAUAUAACAGGGAUGAGAUAAUGGCAGCUGGUGUUUCAGGAAAAUUUUGUCCUGCCAGAAUUUAUUCCAACUCUCUUCAUUAUCAGCAGGUGGACUAUUACAAGGCUGUUUGGUGUAAGCUAUCUCUACCUAAGCAUAGGUUUCUGCUUUGGCAAGUAGUCAAUACCCAUCUGCUUACUCUUGACAAUCUGUGUCGAUUCAAAGUGUUGGCUCAGGUAUGUGACUGGUUAGAUGGGAAUAUUUGGCCUGCUGAGUUUGAUAGUUGGAGAGUUUGGUUAGCCAGCAGGAAAUCUGAGUUCAUUGAUCAGGUUGCAGUUAUGAUACUAGUUGCUUCUGUUUACAGCACUUGGAGGAAUCGUAACAAUUGCAUAUUUGAAUUAUCUUCUAAAUCUGCAGUGAGUAUAGCUUCAGAAAUUUAG